UUAGUGCGUUAAUUGAUGAUUUCUUCUAUUCUUUUUCUAACUUUAUUUGUUCUAUUACAGAAACUUAUUGCUUAUGAUCAUUUAGAAGGUGAUCCUGGUUUGGAAGGUGGUAAAAAUUCUUCUUUAUUUACUGACAUUCUGAAUAUGGUCUGUGGUUGUGUUGAUAACUCUUCAUCUGACAGCACUAUCCUCCAAGUCUUGAAAGUGCUUCUUAACGCUGUGGCAUCCACAAAGUUCAGAGUGCAUGGUGAACCAUUGCUGGGGGUGAUUAGAGUAUGCUAUAACAUAGCUCUUAAUAGCAAGAGCCCUGUGAAUCAGGCUACCUCAAAGGCAAUGCUUACCCAGAUGAUCAGCAUAGUAUUUAGGCGAAUGGAAUCGGAUCAGGUGCCAGAAUCAUCUGGAAAUUUUAAAAAUAAUGCUGAUGUAACUUCGACUAGCAAUACAAAUUCAGAAAAUGGAGAAAUAUCUGACCAGGAUGAUCAAAAAAUUACUCUGGGUGAUGCUUUAUCCAUGACCCGUGUAAGUGAAGCAUCUCCAGCAUCUGUUGAGGAACUCCAAAAUCUGGCUGGUGGUGCCGAUAUCAAGGGUCUGGAAGCUGUUCUGGACAAGGCUGUCCAACUUGAGGAUGGCAAGAAAAUAUUGCGUGGGAUUGACCUUGAGAGCAUGAGUAUAGCGCAACAUGAUGCAUUGCUGCUGUUCCGCACUCUUUGCAAGAUGAGCAUGAAAGAAGAGACCGAUGAGGUUACUACAAAGACGAGACUUUUGUCUCUUGAGCUCUUGCAGAGUUUACUGGAAGGAGUGAGCCAUUCCUUCACCAAAAAUUUCCACUUCAUCGAUUCGGUUAAAGCAUAUCUUUGUUAUGCUCUUCUCCGUGCAUCUGUUUCUUCUUCCCCUGUUGUAUUCCAGUAUGCAACGGGAAUCUUCUCAGUUCUCUUGCUGCGAUUUAGGGAAAGUCUGAAGGGAGAAAUUGGUAUAUUCUUUCCCUUGAUAAUUUUGAGGUCUUUAGAUAGCUCGGAUAGUACCCUCAGCCAAAGAACAAGCGUUCUUCGGAUGCUCGAGAAAGUUUGUAGAGAUCCACAAAUGCUUGCAGAUAUAUUUGUUAAUUAUGACUGUGACCUUGAGGCGCCGAAUCUUUUCGAACGCAUGGUUAAUGCUCUGUCAAGAAUCGCUCAGGGAACUUUGAGUACAGAUCCUAACUCAGUUACUCAAGCUCAAGCUUCUUCAAUUAAGGGCUCCUCUCUUCAGUGUAUGGUAAGUGUCCUCAAGUCAGUGGUUGAUUGGGAGAAAGUUCGAAGAGAAUCUGCAAAGCAUGGGAGUAUUGUGCAGUCACUUGAAGAGGAGAUUUCAACCAAGGAGAACCUGAGAACAGAUGAAUCAAAGAACCGAGAAGAUGGAAUUAAUCAGUUUGAGAAGGCUAAAGCUCAUAAAUCUACUAUGGAAGCUGCAAUCUCAGAGUUCAAUCGGAAGCCAGUAAAGGGGGUAGAGUAUUUAUUAUCAAACAAAUUGGUUGAUAACACCCCAUCAUCUGUUGCCCAGUUUCUCAAGAGUACUCCUAGUUUGGAUAAGGUCAUGAUUGGUGAAUAUUUGGGACAGCACGAGGAGUUUCCCCUUGCUGUUAUGCAUACUUAUGUUGAUUCGAUGAAGUUCUUGGGCUUGAAGUUUGAUACUGCAAUUCGUGAGUUUCUCAAAGGAUUUCGCCUUCCUGGAGAAGCACAGAAGAUUGACCGUAUAAUGGAAAAGUUUGCUGAGCGAUACUGUGCUGAUAAUCCAGGACUUUUCAAGAAUGCAGAUACUGCAUAUGUUCUUGCCUAUGCUGUUAUAAUGUUGAAUACUGAUGCUCAUAAUCCAAUGGUCUGGCCUAAAAUGUCUAAAGCUGAUUUUGUACGUAUUAACUCAGUGAGUGAUGAAGAAGAAUGUGCCCCAAAGGAGCUAUUGGAGGAGAUAUAUGAUUCCAUUGUCAAGGAAGAAAUAAAGAUGAAGGAAAAUGUGACUGAUGCAGCAAAAAGCAGCAGACAGAGGUCGGAGACAGAAGAAAGAGGCCGUCUUGUCAAUAUUCUAAAUCUAGCCCUUCCCAGAAGGAAGUCAGCAAGUGACACUAAAGCAGAAAGUGAAAGAAUUAUCAAGCAAACGCAAGCUCUUUUUAAGAACCAAGGGGAGAAAAGGGGUGUCUUCUAUACAGCUGAGCAAGUUGAACUUGUCAGGCCCAUGCUUGAGGCUGUAGGUUGGCCUUUGCUUGCAACAUUUUCUGUUACUAUGGAAGAAGGUGAUAAUAAGCCCAGGGUUGUUCUUUGCAUGGAAGGAUUCAGAGCGGGUAUACAUAUCACACGAGUUCUUGGAAUGGACACGAUGCGUUAUGCUUUUCUGACAUCUUUAGUGCGAUUUACAUUUUUGCAUGCUCCAAAGGAGAUGAGAAGUAAAAAUGUGGAAGCAUUACGUGCCCUUCUUGUUCUAGCCGACAUGGAGACAGAUGCCUUACAAGAUACUUGGAAUGCUGUCUUAGAAUGUGUUUCAAGGCUAGAGUAUAUUACAUCAAAUUCUGCAAUUGCUGCAACUGUAAUGCAGGGUUCAAAUCAAAUAUCCAGGGAUUCAGUUCUUCAGUCUCUGAGAGAGCUCGCUGGGAAGCCGGCUGAGCAGGUGUUUGUAAACAGUGUAAAAUUACCGAGUGAUGCUAUUGUUGAGUUUUUCACGGCUCUAUGUGGUGUAUCGGCUGAAGAACUGAAGCAGACACCUGCUCGUGUCUUCAGCUUACAAAAGCUUGUUGAGAUAAGCUACUACAAUAUGGCUCGAAUCCGUUUGGUGUGGGCCAGAAUAUGGUCUGUCUUGGCUCAGCAUUUUAUCACUGCUGGGAGUCACCAUGAGGAAAAAGUUGCUAUGUAUGCCAUUGAUUCUUUGAGGCAGCUUGGUAUGAAAUAUUUGGAGCGUGCAGAACUCAACAACUUCACAUUCCAGAAUGACAUUUUGAAACCAUUUGUUAUUCUCAUGCGCAAUAGUCAGAGUGCCGAAAUUCGCAGCCUCAUUGUUGAUUGCAUUGUUCAGAUGAUUAAAUCAAAGGUAGGUAGCAUUAAAUCAGGUUGGCGAAGUGUGUUCAUGAUCUUCACUGCAGCUGCUGACGACGACUUGGAAUCAAUUGUUGAAAAUGCAUUUGAAAAUGUAGAGCAAGUUAUCCUGGAGCAUUUUGAUCAGGUUGUUGGUGAUUGCUUUAUGGAUUGUGUCAACUGUCUCAUUGGAUUUGCCAAUAAUAAGAGCUCCCCACGGAUUAGUUUGAAGGCUAUUGCUCUUCUUCGUAUAUGUGAAGAUCGCCUAGCAGAGGGCUUUGUGCCUGGUGGAGCCAUUAAACCGAUUGACAGUGGUUUGGAGAGUAACACUGAUGUCACCGAACAUUAUUGGUUUCCCAUGCUAGCGGGUUUAUCUGACUUAACUUUGGACUCAAGAUCAGAAGUUCGAAAUUGUGCGCUUGAGGUGCUAUUUGAUUUGCUGAAUGAGAGGGGUCACAAAUUCUCUUCAGCUUUUUGGGAAAGCAUUUUUCAUCGUGUGCUCUUUCCUAUAUUUGAUCAUGUCCGCCAUGCUGGGAGGGAUGGUUUUGUUUCUUCAGGAGAAGAUUGGCUUCGUGAGACUAGCAUCCAUUCACUUCAAUUGCUUUGCAACCUAUUCAAUACUUUUUACAAGGAGGUCUCUUUCAUGCUUCCACCGCUGCUGGGUUUACUUCUGGAUUGUGCUAAGAAGACAGAUCAAACAGUUGUUUCGAUCGCUCUUGGAGCUUUAGUACAUCUGAUAGAGGUUGGAGGACAUCAAUUUAGUGAUAAUGACUGGGAUACUUUGCUGAAGAGCAUUAGAGAUGCAUCAUACACGACUCAACCCCUAGAACUGCUCAAUUCCUUAGGGUUUGAGAACUCAAAGAACCAACAGGUGCUGUCGAAAGAUGCAGAUGCCAGUACACAUGAGAGCUUUUCAUACAAAGACACUCAUCAAGACAACAAAGGAAGAGGAAGAGCUUUUGGCGAUGACUACCAAGAAACAAAUCUCCAAACUAAUCUCGAGGAUUCUGAAGGCCUGCCAUCGCCAUCAGGUAGAGAGCAGAAAUCUGCUGAAGCUCCAGGUUUUCAGCGGAAUCAAACAUUUGGUCAAAGGUUUAUGGGAAAUAUGUUGGACAAUUUGUUGCUUAGAAAUCUUACUUCCAAAUCGAAGAGUCACUUGGAUGAUCUUGUUCCAUCUUCGCCUUUGAAGAUACCAGAGACCACUGACCCCGAUAAGAAUGAAGAUGAAGAGAGCUCUAUGAUGGAAACAGUUAGGGGUAAAUGCAUCACCCAGUUACGGCUGCUAGGUGCCAUUGACAGCAUACAGAUGAGAUACUGGAGCAAAUUGAAGGCUCCUCAGAAGAUUGCAAUAAUGGAUAUCUUGUUGUCACUCUUGGAAUUUGCAGCUUCGUAUAAUUCCUCCUCAAACCUGAGAACACGAAUGCACCAUAUACCUCCUCAAAGGCCACCUCCAAAUCUCCUCCGCCAAGAGAUAUCAGGAACUUCCAUUUAUCUAGAAAUCUUACACAAGUCAACUACAGUCAGUGGAUCCGGAAAUGAAGAAAAUCUCAAGAGCUUAGCAGAAGAGAAGUUGGUUUCUUUCUGUGGACAGAUUUUGAGAGAGGCUUCUGACCUCCAGCCUGUUACUGGGGAAGCUUCCAGUGCAGACAUUCAUCGUGUACUUGAUCUAAGAGCUCCUGUUAUUGUGAAGGUGCUUAAGGGAAUGUGCCGCAUGGAUGCUCAGAUAUUCAAGAAGAAUCUAAGAGCGUUUUAUCCGUUAAUUACAAAACUUGUUUGCUGUGAUCAGAUGGAUGUACGUGGUGCCCUUGGAGAUCUUUUCAGUACACAGCUCACUGCUCUUUUGCCAUGAUUCUCAGAAAAUUUUUGAUUUCAACUUUUCCAGAAAGUCUACCGCAUCAGCAUCGUUCUUUAGCACCGAUGUUUCAGGCACCGGUGAGAGAAAGCAGCGCAUCAGUUCUGAAAUAAUGAGGGUGAAAAAAACUUGUCAAGGCUCCAAACAUAAUUCUUCUCAGCGUUUUGAAGUGCAUUUGGCUUGAAAUGUGUUUUAGCCCCUGAUGGUUGGCACCAGUUCAUGUUGUUUCUUGAUGUUUUUGUCAUUUAAUUUUUUAUUUGAGUUAUGAUAGAUUAGGAAGAUGCUAGCAAGUUCACAAAAUUGAUAAGACUGCGAGUCACAGGACUACAUCCUGAUGCGUUCGAGAGCGGGAGAUGCUUAGCUUAUGUUGUUAUUUAAGAGAUUUCUGUACACAAAUUAUACCUGAGUCUUCAUUCUUAGAGGAGAAUAUUAGUCAAAUAGUGGUUUCCAAUAUCUCUGUAUUAAUGCAUGUAAGGAGAAUUUCGGACAUUUUACCUCUGAUAGAUCGCAUCUGAUGCUUUUGUUUUUGCAGGAAUGUUAUAAUUAAGUUGGAGCUCAUUUGGUUCA